CAAUGUGUUUCGCGGGAGAUUUCAUUUUACAGUAAUUAUGUCUUCAGUGCCAGUGCAAAGGAUAAUGACGUGUGCGGUGUUGGUGUUGUUGGUGGCACUUAUCAGUCAAAUUAGUGGUCAGACGGAUUAUUGUGAUCCUACGCUAUGUAAAAACAACUUAGUCCAUGUGGGAUGUGGCAAAAGUGAAAACUUUGGUCCGUACUGUCCGGUCGAUCGACUACUGGUGCCUAUUACGGAGGAUGUAAAGGCCUACAUCCUAGACCUGCACAACGGGUUCCGUUCCAAUGUUGCACGUGGUGAGGUAACCAAUUACGCAUCGGCCUCUCGAAUGCCAACGCUGAUCUGGGAUGAUGAGCUACAGAAGCUCGCAGAGUAUAAUGUGAAGACCUGCAUCUACGGACACGAUUACUGUCGCAACACGAAGCUUUUCCCACUGGUGGGCCAGAACAUUGCGGCCAACUCGUUUUACGGCAUGGAAGUAACACCUAUCGAUACGAUGACCGAGCUCCUGUACAGUUGGUACGGCGAGAACGAGAAUGCCAACCAGGAUUACAUCGAUUCGUAUCCGCUGCUUGGUCAGGACCCACCGAAGGAUAUUGGACACUUCACGCAGAUUGUCAUGGACAAGGCAACGGCUGUCGGAUGCGCCAUGGUACAGUACACACAGAACGAGCAGGGCCACGACUGGGUGCACCAGAACUACGUCUGCAACUAUUCGAACUCGAUCGCCCGCGGACAUCCGGUGUACGUGAAGGGUAAUCCGUGCGAGCUAUGCGUGACAGGUUGCAGCACCGACUAUCCGGGACUAUGCAACAUCGGCGAACCGGUGCAACCGACGGCAGCGUGGUGA